UCAACUAAAAAUGAAAUUCCUGAUCGCUUUCGUCGCUCUCUUCGCCGUUGUUGCGCACCUUAAUGCUGCACCUGUUCAGGAGGCACAGAUUUUGAGGUCGGAGUCGGAUGUUGGACCCGAAAACUUCAAUUAUGCUUUUGAGACAUCCGAUGGUACUGCAGCCCAAGCUCAGGGCCAGCUGAAUAAUGUUGGAACCGAGAAUGAGGCUAUUUCUGUUAAGGGUUCGUUCACGUUUGUCGGCGAUGAUGGUGUUCAAUACACUGUUAACUACAUUGCCGAUGAGAACGGAUUCCAGCCACAAGGCGCUCAUUUGCCCGUUGCCUAAGAUGCGUUAUUUACAGUUAACUUAAAUAAAUGUUUUUUUCAA